AUGGAGAGGUAUUAUGUCUUCAUUGUUAUUGUUAUAUUUAAUCUCUAUAUGGUUGCUUCUGUAGUAGCCAGAGGAGGAGGAGGAGGAGGUUGUGGUUUGAUUAAUGUAGAUGAAUUGAAGAACAAUGUAGUAAAAAAUCUAUAUGGCAUCGAAGUGGGUUUGAAGUUAUUGACGAAAGAAGAACAAGUAUUAGUAGAAAAGAGCAAGAAAUUUAAUCUCGUUACUAGCAUUUUGCGGAACUUUCUGGGGAACAAUUUUAAACAAGCUGAGAAGGAUUUUAGCCGGCUGAUUCAUCAUCGUUCAUCAGUCACAAACUUCACUGGCUCUACUAAUAACUUGGAAGCGGUUGUUAGUUUUUCCAAGCAAGCAAUAAUCCAAGCUAAAAAAUCUCAUAUCUUGAUUCAUCGAAUCAUCCAAUGCAUGAACAACUCAAUUGCAACUCCAAAGCAAGCAUUUGAACCAUCAAGACACAAUGAAACAGAUUGUGUUGUGGAUGGUACUAAAUGUCAAUACUCACAAUAUGUGCGAGGCAAAAAACUCCAAAUCUGUGCAUAUGGCUUCGCGAGAUGUGUUACCGGCGGUGCAUUCGGCCCUUAUUACACUGUCUACAACUCAGAUGAUGACCCAAAAAAUCCAGCGCCUGGUACUCUCCGUUUUGCUGUAAAUUUUGCAGGUGGACAUGAAGGUGGAGCUUGGAUUAUAUUCAAGAAAAGCAUGGUUAUUAGACUUAAAGACAAGUUAUGGAUUAAGUCAAAUACAACCAUUGAUGGAAGAGGAGUAGUUGUUUCCAUUAUAGGACAAGUACUAGCCCUUCAACAUGUAGAGAAUGUGAUUUUGCAUAACUUUAUUGUAAGCUUUACUGGGGAUAGUGAUACCAUUCAUGUGUAUGAAGGAUCUCAUAAUGUUUGGAUUGAUCAUUUAACUUCAAGCGAAGCACAAUUAGGAUUGAUUAGAGUCUUGCAAGGCUCAACUGAUGUUACAAUCUCUAAUUGUUUUCUUUCAAAUUACGAUUUCAAUCUACUUUUAGGGGCAUCUGACAAAGAUACUAUUGAUCACACAUUAAGGGUUACAGUGCAUCGGAAUUGGUUCGAGUCCUCUACGCAAAGAAUGCCACAUUGCAGGUGGGGUUAUUGCCAUGUAUCAAACAACUAUUACAAAAACUGGAAUUAUUAUGCAACUGGAGCAAGGGUUUCUGCCAGGGUUUACUCAGAGCUAAAUGUGUUCAAUCCAGGGUCGAAGAAAGAGGUGACUCCAUGGUUCCAGAACUUCAAUUCCGAUCUCUCACCAACCAUCGUCUCAUCCAAAGACCUUUUGCUAAAGGGAGCUACGUUUCAUCAAUUCUUGCAUCAUCAGACAUUUAGCAGUCCUCGGGAUCUAUUUCCUAACUACGUGGUUCCAACUCGACCUACGGAUCCGCUAGAAGACCUGGUGAUGAACUAUUCGGGGGCUUUAUUUGGAUCUAAACUUAAAGAUUGCUUGGCAACUCCAUGAACUACUUAGUUUGCGCAGUUUUUAUUAACUUAACACUUAGUUUG